CCAGCACAACCAGCCUUGCAGCCUGAGAUAAGGCCUUUGGCGGGUGUCUCCCCUAUCGCUCCCUCAAGCCCUCAAGUAGGUGUUGGAGAGAGGGGUGAUGCCUGGUGCUGGUGGAACCCCUGCACAGAGACGGACACAGGAUGAGCUCUAAGUACCCGCAGUCUGUCCGGUGCUGCCUGCCCCUCUGCGCCCUAACACUGGAAGCAGCUCUCAUUCUCCUCUUCUAUUUUUUUACCCACUACGACGCUUCCUUAGAGGAUCAAAAGGGGCUCGUGGCGUCCUAUCAAGUUGGCCGAGAUCUGACUGUGAUGGCGGCCAUUGGCUUCGGCUUCCUCACCUCGAGUUUCCGGAGACACAGCUGGAGCAGUGUGGCCUUCAACCUCUUCAUGCUGGCGCUUGGUGUGCAGUGGGCAAUUCUGCUGGACGGCUUCCUGAGCCAGUUCCCUCCUGGGAAGGUGGUCAUCACACUGUUCAGUAUUCGGCUGGCCACCACGAGUGCUUUGUCGGUGCUGAUCUCAGCGGGUGCUGUCCUGGGGUACGUCAACUUGGUGCAGUUGGUGGUGAUGGUGCUGGUGGAGGUGACAGCUUUAGGCACCAUGAGGAUGGUCAUCAGUAAUAUCUUCAACACAGACUACCACAUGAACAUGAUGCACAUCUACCUGUUCACAGCCUGUUUUGGGGUGACUGUGGCCUGGUGCCUGCCAAAGCCUCUACCCGACGUAAAGGAGGAUAAAGAUCAGAUAGCAACGAUACCCAGUUUGUCUGCCAUGCUGGGCGCCCUCUUCUUGUGGAUGUUCUGGCCAAGUUUCAACUCUGCUCUGCUGAGAAGUCCAAUCGAAAGGAAGAAUGCCGUGUUCAACACCUACUAUGCUGUAGCAGUCAGCGUGGUGACAGCCAUCUCAGGGUCAUCCUUGGCUCACCCCCAAGGGAAGAUCAGCAUGAGUUAUAUGCACAAUGCGGUGUUGGCAGGAGGCGUGGCUGUGGGUACCUCGUGUCACCUGAUCACUUCUCCGUGGCUUGCCAUGGUGCUGGGUCUUGUGGCUGGGCUGAUCUCCAUCGGGGGAGCCAAGUACCUGCCGGGGUGUUGUAACCGAGUGCUGGGGAUUUACCACAGCUCCGUCAUGCACUACAACUUCAGCUUGCUGGGUCUGCUUGGAGAGAUCAUCUACAUUGUGCUGCUGGUGCAUCAUACCGUCUGGAACGGCAAUGGCAUUUUCCUCAUUUGGCUGUUGAAUUUUAAGCAAAAGCAUCCAAGAAAAACAAGGCCUGUUCAAAAACAAGACAACUUCCUUUCACUGUUGCCUGCAUUUGUACGUGAGAAACGCUCAUGACAGCAAAGUCUCCAAUGUUCGCACAGGCACUGGAGUCAGAGAAAAUGGAGUUGAAUCCUUUCUCUGCCACUCUUUGAGGAGAAUCUCACCAUUUAUUAUGCACUGUAGAAUACCACAAUAAAAUACAGCCAUGUACCACAUAAGAACAUCUUGGUAAACAACAGACUGCAUAUAUGAUGGUGGUAAUCCAGUAAGCUAAGGUUAAUUUAUUAUUAUUACUUUUCUUUUUUUUUUUUUUUGAGAUGUAGUCUUACUCUGUCACCCAGGCUAGAGUGCAAUGGCACCAUCUUGGCUCACUGCAACCUCUGCCUCCUGGGUUCAAGCGAAUCUCCUGCCUCAGCCUCCAAAGUAGCUGGGAUUACAGGCACCCACCACAUCUGGCUAAUUUUUUGUAUUUUUAGUAAAGAUGGGGUUUCACCAUGUUGGCCAGGCUGAUCUCAAACUCCUGACCUCAAGUGAUCUGCCUGCCUCGGCCUCCCAAAGUGCUGGGAUCAUAGGCCUGAGCCACUGUGCCCGGCCUUGUUUGCUUUUUUAACAGAUAACAGUGUGCUCAUAGAAACUGCUUUGACAUGACUGCAAUCAUGUGCUUCAUAGAAACUUAAUUAGAUUAUACCACUAGAGUCUUCAGAUUUUUAUACUUUUUUUUUUUUGAAACGGAGUCUCACUCUGUCACCAGGCUGGAGUGCAGUGCCGCAAUCUCGGCUCACCGCAACCUCCGCCUCCCAGGUUCAAGCGAUUCUCCUGCCUCAGCCUCCCGAGUAGCUGGGAUUACAAGUGCGCACUACCACGCCCAGCUAAUUUUUGCAUUUUUACUAGACAGGGUUUCACCAUGUUGGCUAGGAAUAGUUUCACCAGGAUUUCUUGGCCUCAUGAUCAGCCUGCCUCGGCCUCCCAAAGUGCUGGGAUUACAGGCGUGAGCCACCGUGCCCAGCCUAUACUUCCCUUUUUGAAUACCAUUUGGUGUUUUGAAGAAUUAACAGCUUUGUGAACGUGGCAGUGCUUGUGAUUCAGGCUUCCAUUGGGACCAAGGGGAGAACCUGGUUGCAGGACAAACAGACGGACAGCGUGUGGCAGUGUUUAAAUGCUCUUCUGAAAGCUGAUACGACAGCUCUCUGUGCAUUGAUUGCAUAUGCAUCCCAAGAUUAUAUUAUUGUUUUCUAUUGCUAUGUGUCACACUUUGCCAAACAGGAUGUGGAAAAUGAAUAAGCAGUUUUCUUAGGCACUUCUUAACAGACAAUUGGUGAAAAUGAACUCCAUUGCUUAAGAAACACAUAAACACCAUUUAGUCACUGAAUAUAGCUAUAUGUAUGGUUGUUACUAUGGGGAAUCUUGUUUUGCCAAUUUUCUUUGAAAAUUCUGGCAGACCAAGGUUCUUUUUGUUUACAUAAUACUUGAAAAAUAAAAAUGAACAACCUAACAAACUACCAAGUUUUCACUUACAUAAAUGUAGUUGCAUACAGAAAAUGUGACUGUGAAUUAAUUUUUCUAGGACUUUUAAACUAUAAGCACUAUCUGCACGAAAGAGAACCAAUCUAUCAAUUAGAAACUCACAUAGUUUUACAGAUUUUUUUUUCCCUACACAGCACAUAAAACAGAAGGAAUUUGAAGCCACCCUCCAAACACAGGGGAAGGAGGCUGUGUGUAUAUCCUCAUUGUCUUUCACAUUCUAAGGUGGUUCCACUCAGUGACUGAAAUCCUUAAGUGUUGUAUUAGUCUGCUUGGGCUACCAUAACAGCAGCUUAAACUGUUGUUAAGCCACUCAGACUUAAACAACAGAAAUUUAUUUCCUUAUAGUUCUGGAGGCUGGAAGUUCAAGGUGCCGGCAAGGUUGGUUUCUGGUGAGACCCCUCUCCCUGUCUUGCAGAUGGCUGCCUCCUCCCUGUGUCCUCAUAGAGCCUGUCCUCUGCUUUUACACUUCUGGUGUCAUCUUCCUUUUUUUUUUUUUUUUUUUUUUUUUUGAGACAGAGUCUCGCUCUGUUGCCCAGGCUGUAGUGCAGUGGCCCGAUCGAUCUCAGCUCACUGCAACCUCUGCCUCCCAGGUUCAAGCAAUUCUCCUGCCUCAGCCUCCCGAGUAGCUGGGACUACAGGUGCCCACCAUCAUGCCUGGCUAAUUUUUGUAUUUUUAGUAGAGACAGGGUUUCACCAUAUUGGCCAGCCUGGUCUCGAACUCCUGACCUUGUCAUCUGCCUGCCUCGGCCUCCCAAAGUGCUAGGAUUACAGGCGUCAGCCACCGCACCCGGCCUCUUCCUCUUCUUAUAAGGACACCAGUCCUAUUAGAUUAGGGCUCCACCCUCAUGACCUCAUUUGACCUUAACUAUUAUUUCUUUAAAGCACCUAUUUCCAAAUAUAGUCACUUUAGGGGUUAGGGCUUCAAAAUAUGAAUCUGAGGGAGAUCAAUUCAGUAAAUAGCAGUAGUCAUUAAUGGACAAUAUAUACAAAGAUAAUUUCGUGAUUACUGUCCUUAUGCAUAAAUGUCCUCAGUGUUCCACUGCC